ACUUUGGAAGAAAACGAGUGCAUGACUUCUUGAAUUUCUUCAUCAGAUAACUCAGACCUGCUAUGAUAUGAACAAAAGCUGUUAUUGUCAAUCAAAUUUUUAGAUUAAAAACUUGUCAGAUACAGUUCUUUUUCUUAGGAGGAGUUUAAACCCCAGCUCCACGCCCAGCCUGGAGGUGGAGCUGCAUGGCAACUCCUAGCCUGGAAGGUUCCAGUUAGGGUUAGUGGGACGCAGGUGCCAAAACCACUGCUUGCCACCGAAGCCACCACUCGCUGCCGAGGCGCCGAGCGUUGCCGAGGACUGACGAGGACCGCCGAGUGUUUCCGAGGGCCUCCGAGCGCUGACGAACCUGGCUGAGAGCUGACCUGGGUAGAGCGCCAUGGGUCCCGUGAUUGAGCGGCCGGCCGAGGCGGGCGCGAGCGGCGUCGCCGAGCUGGAGCGGCUGAAGCAGCGCGCGGCGGAGCGCAUCGACGAGGCGGCCGAGCGCCUGGGCGCGCUGAGCCGCGCCAUCUGGAGCGCGCCCGAGCUGGCCUACGAGGAGCAGCGCGCGCACGGCGAGCUCACGCGCUUCUUCGAGCGCGAGCCUCCGGCGGGGUCGUGGGCUGUGCAGCCGCACUUCCGGCUCCCCACCGCCUUCCGUGCCGAGUGGGCGCCGCCGGAGGCCGCCACGGGGCCCGGCGCGCUGCAGCUGGCCUUCCUGUGCGAGUACGACGCGCUGCCCGCCCUGGGCCACGCCUGCGGUCACAACCUCAUCGCCGAGGUCGGGGUGGCUGCUGCUCUGGGCCUGCGGGCUGCCCUCGAGGGCGUCGCCGCGCCACCGCCUGUCAAGGUCAUUGUCUUGGGAACCCCUGCAGAAGAAGAAGGUGGUGGCAAAAUCGAUUUAAUUGAAGCAGGUGCUUUUAAAGAUCUCGAUGUUGUUUUUAUGGCUCAUCCAUCUCAAGAGGAUGCCGCCUAUCUACUGGACGUGGCCGAGCAUGACGUUACUGUGAAAUACUAUGGGAAGGCGUCUCAUGCUGCUGCUUACCCCUGGGAGGGAGUGAAUGCCUUAGAUGCUGCAGUCCUUGCCUAUAACAACCUCUCUGCAUUAAGACAACAGAUGAAACCGACCUGGAGACUUCAUGGUAUAAUAAAAAAUGGUGGCGUAAAGCCCAACAUCAUCCCCUCUUACUCUGAAUUAAUCUAUUACUUCCGUGCACCCUCAAUGAAAGAGCUUCAGGGUCUGACCAAAAGGGCAGAAGAUUCCUUCAGAGCUGCUGCUUUGGCUACAGGCUGCACAGUGGAAAUUAAAAGUGAAGCGCACGAUUAUUACAAUGUCCUUCCCAAUAAGACACUGUGCAGUGCAUAUGUGGAGAAUGGGAAGAAGCUGGGCAUAGACUUCAUCUCAGAAGAUGCGGUACUGAAUGGCCCUUCAGGCUCUACUGAUUUUGGAAAUGUCAGCUUUGUGGUUCCUGGGAUUCACCCUUAUUUUUACAUUGGGACCGAUGCCUUGAAUCAUACGGAACAGUACACGGAAGCUGCAGGAUCACAAGAAGCUCAGCUGUACACCUUGCGUACAGCCAAAGCUCUGGCCAUGACUGCACUGGACGUCAUCUUUAAACCUGAGUUGCUGGAGGGAAUCAGAGAGGAGUUUAAAUCGAAGCUUCAAGAAGAACAGCUUUUAAACACACCAGCAUAGAAGGAGUGCUUAGGGACUCAGGAAGCAUUAAGUUUUGGUUGUUUUACCGCUAAUACUUUUUCAGUGCAAGAGAGAAUACUUGUUUCUCAGUUGUGGUAAGUGACUAUAGUGAAGGCCCUAAUGGAGUUUGUGGUCCUUCAGACAUUGGUCUGUGAUGACAUGUGAGUCUAUAACAUGGUAGUGUCUUUUGUAUAGCUUUACAAACCCCACAGGUUUCAACACGUAACAUUGUGAACGGUGUUCAGAGAAGUGAUAUCUUCUCAGCAGUUCAAAGUUGGGGGAGUUUGAGUCUAACUGUAUCUGGUUUGGUCUAGAGAAAAACUUAAACAGGUGCCUGUAGGACACACCUAGAAUCUACAGCACAAAGAAUUAUCUUUACUUUAACAUUGUUUUGAAAAAGAAAAUAUUCUUUAUUUGCAUGUAAUUACUCCAAGGAGUGGCAUAGGAGCAGUGUAACAGCCAGCAACAGGAGAAGUGACAGAAAAGCAGGUGGGCCCUUCUAUGGGGAGGCUGCCGUGUGAGAGAGGAGGUCAGACUGGGUGUGUGCUGGUCUCCAGGGUCCUGCACUGUGCACACCACCCAGCAGCCUCCCGCCCCACAGCAGCCCCCUAAGCCCCUGCUGGCCCGGUGGCAGUAAACGUGAAAAGGUGGUGACUUAACUAAGUUUGUGGCCUUCUCUCUGGACUGCUCGCUUUCUGCCUUUGUGUCACUAGAGCAUUCUGGGAAAGCCAGGAUUUUACCUAGAAAUUUGAGACAUUCAGUGGUUGUCAGUAAAAUCACUGGCAAUAAUAAUCCUGGAAAAGAGGGAGAAAGUCACAUAAAGCCACCAGUAUCUCAUGAUUCUUACUUGGCAUACAUUUCUCUGUUUCAGACAGGUGUUUCCUUCUGCUCCUCCCUCCUCCCUUUCUAGCUGCAGUCCUGCUGCCCUGCCCUGUAGAGUGAGCUCCUGCACAUGAUUAGAGAUGUAAACCGCUGGUGAGACAAACCCUUAGGCACAAGAGAGAGAGCUUGGGUGUGGGACCCAAAUAGAGCUGAGCUCCUUUAUGCAUCACGUGCACUGCCACGUACACAUAGCUGGAAGUGCCCAGUGCUUUUAGUGUGCCUGAGAUUUAACAGACCUCUUUAUCCAGGGCAGUUGUGCAGUUAUCUGCCUGCUCAUACCACUAAAAAGGUUUGAAUUUUGAAGCAUUUUGGAUUUGAGGUCAGGUGUGUUCAACUUGUACUAUUACUAGUAAGUUGCUAUGUAUUCUAUGACUGUAGCUAAUAUUUAGCUUGCCUCAAAAUUUUUAAACAGAUUUUUAGACUUAAUAAAUUUUCUUUAUUGAAUGAA